UCUCGCUCUCCCUCUCUCUAUUCUCUCCCCUUCCCUUGUCUUCUUUCAAAGUAAACCGGGCUAAUAAGAUUCCAGUAGAGGUGGAGCUGGGGUGGCUUGCAGGAGUGAACUGAGCAGCCAAGUAGAGCUACUACACACACUGCUUACACACCAGGAACAUGGGCUGCCUCCCUGCUCCACUGCCAGCAAGGUAGGAGAGUUGCAGUAGGAUGUGGAAGCAGCUAUGGGGGCUACCUGGGCACCCCCUUAAAAUGGGCAGCCUGGAGUCAGCCACUCUGUGUCUGUAAGAGAAACUGGAAUGUACUGGGAUUCCCAAAUCCUGUUCCUGUACAAGUUGCACUGGCUGUAGCUCCGGCUCCCUGUGGCAGGUAAAUUGGUAGAGACAGGUGAGCAGACAUGGAGCGGAGCAAGGAUAAGGCUAAGGGAAAGGGACAAGGCUCCCGCAAGCUUUUCCAGAGUCGGUCGCUGAAGUCUGUUGGGGCUUUUGUGCACAGGAUCCUAAAGACCAUAAGCCAUCUGUCCCACAUGGGAGAGGCAAGCAAUGUGGAUGGAGAAGAUGAUGAAGGGGGGUUUAACCAAAAGGGAAUGGCACAAGAAGAUUCUCGUGUGGUAAAUGGUGGCGACAGCGAUAACAACCUAGGGAAAACACAAGUGCCUGUUUUGGGCCAGGACCGGAUCUCCUGGAGUUCUGACGAUAAGGUGCCCGGGGUGCAGGGCAUGAAGAACCAUGGUAACACCUGUUUCAUGAAUGCUGUGGUGCAGUGCCUGAGUAACACUGAUAUGUUGGCCGAGUUCCUGGGCAUGGAGAGGUACAAAGCCGGGCUCAACAAGGCUAAAAUAAAUGGGGUGGUGGUGAGAGAAGCAACGGUGGAGGAGCCCCCUGGAGCAGCUGGAAGAGGGGAAGUCACAGAGAAGCUGGCAUCAUUGGUUAGGGGUCUCUGGACAUUGAAGUACACCCCCCAGCUCUCUUCAGAGUUCAAGAAUGUUGUUUCCAAAUAUGGGUCCCAGUUCCGUGGAAAUUCCCAGCAUGACGCUUUGGAAUUUCUGCUCUGGCUGCUGGACCGAGUCCAUGAAGAUCUCAACCCCACGUCCAGCCAGAAAGCCAAGCCAUCUGCCAAGGCUGGUACCGAGCAGAACCAGAUGGUCAAGUCUCCAGAAUCUGGAGGAAGCCAGAGCUUUGUUCAGGAGCAUUUCCAGGCUCAGUACAGGUCAUCCCUCACCUGCCCUCAUUGCCACAGACAGAGCGACACAUUUGACCCCUUCCAAUGUGUUUCUUUGCCCCUCCCACUGCGCCAAACCAGGGCCCUCAACCUCACAUUAGUCUUCCAAACUAAGCAGCAACGGUUUCUCCGUGUUGGGCUGGCGGUGCCUCUACUGGGUACUGUGGCCUCCCUACGGAAGAUGGUUGCAGAUGAAGGAAAUAUGGCACCAGACCAGGUGAUCCUGGUGGAGUUGUACUCAAGUGGCUUCCAGAGAUCUUUCUCAGAUGAUGAGGAUCUGAACACCAUUGCAGAUGGAGACCCAGUCUAUGCGUUCCAAGCCCCUGUGCCCAUACCCAAAGCAGGUGGCUCCUGUCAUUCCACAGGAUAUCCACGCAGCCUCCCUUCCUCUCCUCGCUACCCUGACCCAGAAGCGCAGAAGUUCAUUGGGGCUGGCUCCAAAUCUUCUGAGUUCCUAGCUGAUCCAGACAAGAUCCUGUUCCUCCUGUGUAACACUGAGGGAUCCGGAAAGCAGGCCACCAGGUUUGGCCCCCCUCUGCUGGUUAGAGAAGAUAACACAAUGUCCUGGGAUCAAUUGCAACAAUGUAUCCUUGGAAAGCUUCGCUACCUUUUACAGAAUGAGUCCCACCUCCAGCAGAAUGGAACAGCACUCUUCCAUGUCAGGGUCGUCGGGGGUCCUUCAAGUGGAAGUUACCUGAGCCCUAAAGAACCCCGACCUCUCCAGCACCCUGCAAUUGACAGAGCUUUGCAGCUUAGCGGAGCAGGAGGGCCACCCCAUGUCAAACUUGCAAUAGAAUGGGACCCAAAGACCAAAGAACGGCUGUUUGGGAACAUUCAGGAGGAGGUGGUGCAUGAUGAUGAGUCAGUGAAGAUACAGCAGUUGGAGCACCAGCAGCAGAGUUGCACCUUGGAUGAGUGCUUUCAGCUCUACACUAAGGAGGAACAGUUGGCCCCCGAUGACGCCUGGAGAUGCCCUUACUGCAAGGUCCUACAACAAGGCACAGUGAAACUGAGCCUUUGGACUCUACCAGAUAUUCUCAUAAUCCAUCUCAAGAGGUUCCGGCAGGUGGGCGGGCGCAGAAACAAACUGUCCACUUUGAUCAGAUUCCCCCUCACUGGGUUGGACAUGACUCCACACGUGGUCAUGAGAAGCCAGGGAAGCAAGGGGAUGCUGGGGCAGUGGACAUCAUGGAAACAAACUCAUGCCUUUAUGGAGAAUGGGCAGCUGGAUGUCCAUUAUGACUUGUAUGCUGUAUGCAACCAUCAUGGCAGCCUGCAGGGAGGUCACUACACAGCGUACUGCAGGAACUCUCUGGACGCCCGUUGGUACAGCUAUGAUGACAGCAAUGUUGAACAUGUCCAGGAGAACGAUGUCUGUACCCGAGGUGCCUACCUACUGUUCUAUCAGAAGAGGACCACUAUACCAAUUUGGUCAGCUAGCAGCUCUCUCAGAGGUUCUACAAGCUCCUCCGUGUCAGAUCAUUGGAUCUUAAGACUGAAUGGCAGCAGAAGAGAAAGUCUUGCCUCACGGGCCACCACUACCAACUGCUUCAACCGUAUUCAGCCUCCAGACUCCCCAGUCUUCCUUGAGAAAGAGGAGCACCCUGAAAAAAGAGCCAGUGGAACUAAAUCAUUUGCAAGAGGUGUAAAAGGAAGGAGCGCUAGUAUGAAGCUGCCCUCUGCUUCAAAACUCAAGCUGAGUAUCAGCAAGGCAAUGCCCUUACGGUGGUCCUUUGGAUCCAAGGCUAAAGAAAAGCAUGAGACUGGUGAGCUGGUAGAGUACUUGGAAUCUGGCCGCAGACCCAAAUAUACCAAUGAGUCCAUUGUGCCAGUGAUGGCUGGAGUUACAAAAACUGAAAAGGGCAUUCAAGGACAACAAUCAAAAGCAAACCUUUCAAAAACACAAGUGGUCAAUGGGGCGGCAGAUUCCAGUUCUUCAGCAGGACUCUCCAAACCAACACCAACAUUUGCAAGGUUGGAUUCACAGAAGGGGAAGCCAAAAGAGAAGCAUAAUUUCCAAGAAAGCACUUUGAAUGCUGUCCAAAUGGAAAAAGGGGUAGAAUCAGCAAUGCUGAAACACAGAGAGAUACGGUCAGCUGGGGGUUGUGCAUCGGGCAUGAGCUCACCAGAUCCAGACAGUGGUUUGAAAGGGACAGUAUUAUUAACCAAGAAGGGAGAGAGCAACCAAAGGAACCUUAUUAAAAAUAGCAACAAUGUUCGGCCCAAACCUUCUGAAGCUGAAGGACAGCAGGACAGCAAAUCAACAAAUGUAAAACCCAGCCUAGUUAAUAAGGAGAUCAGGAGGCAAUGUGGCACAGAUAACGCAAGUGGGUUGAGCCUUUCUAAUGGAAUGCCCAGGACUUCCUUAGGCAAUGGCAUGCUGGGUGAUGGCAGGACUAGUGGUACAAUGGCACGUCAGCACAAAGAGGACCUCACUAAAAUCAAACUCCAGCAGGACAUCAGACAAGCCCACAGCUCAUCUAAUGUCCAUACCAAGACAGACUUCAAUCUAAAGAGGUCGGUUUCUUUGUACAGGAACGGCAGUGCCUCCCAGCAGCCUCCAAGGCAAGUGGCCACUGAAAAAAACUCUACUGGGUCCCUGCAAAGACGAAAAUACAGUACGUCAUCCACGGGCAGGAAGAAAUCUGUUCCUGAAUCCAGCUUCUAAACUUGCAGAGAUUAUGGGGCAAAUUCACUAAGGUGCGAAGCGCCGAACGCUAGCGUUUUUUCGCUAGUGUUCGGCAUUUUCGCUACUGCGCAAAUUCACUAACGAACGCUGGCGUAGUUUCGCUAGUGUUACUUCGCAACCUUACGCCAGGCGAAUUUUCGCUAGCGACGAAACUACGCAAAUUCACUAACUUGCGCAGUGUAGCGAACGCUACCUUUUACGC